AUGGCAUCGGUGAGCAGCAUUGCAGCAAAUAUUGCCAGUAAAACGAAGACCAAGAAAAAGCACUUUGUUGCUCAGAAAGUGAAGCUUUUCCGCGCCAGCGACCCUCUGCUCAGCGUGCUCAUGUGGGGAGUCAACCACUCGAUAAAUGAAUUGAGCCAUGUCCAGAUUCCCAUUAUGCUUAUGCCAGACGAUUUCAAAGCCUAUUCCAAGAUUAAAGUGGACAAUCACCUCUUUAACAAGGAGAAUAUGCCCAGCCAUUUCAAGUUCAAGGAAUACUGCCCCCUGGUGUUUCGAAACCUCAGAGAACGCUUUGGCAUCGACGACCAGGAUUUCUCGAACUCGCUGACUCGCAGUGCCCCUCUGAACAGUGAGGCGCAGGGCAGGAGCGGUGCCCGGUUCCACACGUCAUAUGACAAACGUUAUGUCAUCAAAACCAUCAGCAGCGAAGACGUGGCCGAGAUGCACAACAUCCUGAAGAAGUAUCACCAGUUUAUUGUUGAAUGCCAUGGAAACACGCUGCUGCCUCAGUUUCUGGGAAUGUACCGGAUCACAGUCGACGGAGAUGAAACCUACAUGAUUGUGACUCGAAACGUCUUCUCACAUCGCCUUUCUGUCUUCAAAAAAUAUGACCUCAAGGGUUCGACUGUGGCCAGGGAAGCCAGUGACAAGGAGAAGCCGCCCCCAUCAGAGGACGCGCCCCCGCGGCCCAAAUCUGGUAACGUCCAACAAAGGCUGCAAACACUGCGGAUUGCCACGCGCUUUUACUGCGCCAUGAAACACGUAAGAGAUGCAAAAGAGUUGCCCACGUACAAGGACAAUGACUUCAUCAACGACGGCAUGAAGAUCUACAUCGAUGGAGAAAACAAGAAAAUGUUCCUGGAGAAGCUAAAGAAGGACGUGGAGUUCUUGGCCCAGCUGAAGCUCAUGGACUACAGUCUGCUGGUGGGGAUCCAUGAUGUGGACCGCGCGGAGCAGGAGGAUGUGGAGAGCGAGGACAACGAGGUGGAGGAGGAGGGAGAGAGUGACGGAGGAGGCAUCGGGACUCCUCCGGACAGUCCCAGUAACACCCUGGACAGCACCAAGCCGCUGGGUCCAGGAGAGUUUGACCCAGCCAUAGACGUGUAUGCCAUCAAAAGCACUGACACCGGUGCCCCGAGGAAGGAGGUUUAUUUCAUGGCUAUUAUUGAUAUCCUGCAACAUUAUGAUGCCAAGAAGAAAGCUGCUCACGCUGCAAAGACUGUCAAACAUGGGGCCGGAGCAGAGAUUUCCACAGUGAACCCCGAGCAGUACUCCAAGAGGUUUUAUGAUUUCAUCACCACCAUUCUCUCAUAG